UGUAAUAUGUUUGAUUUGUUGAAGACGAGAAACCGCGCGUUUAACUUCGGUGUGAGUGUAUUGUCUGUUAUACAGGUAUCAUUAGUGCUACCUAAAGAAAGUAAUACAGUGAGAAUACACCGACGACAAAGUUACCAGUAAAAAGUUAUAUUUGUUUUGAGUAGCUAAAGAAGUAUGUCAUAUUACGGGUCUGAUGCAAACCUGGGUGCAUUCCAGGAUUCAUUCUCAGAGAAAAGCAUACGCCAUGCUUUCCUGAGAAAAGUAUACUCCAUUUUAAUGCUGCAGCUUGCUAUAACAACAGGAUUUAUUUGUUUGUUCCUAUAUGAGCCAAAAGUCAAGAUGUAUUCCAUGCAGCAUCCAGAAAUGUUUUGGAUAGCUUUCAUUAUGACAAUAAUACUGAUUUUAGUAUUGUCGUGUUGUGAAGGUGUUAGAAGAAGUUUUCCUGCAAAUUUUAUUUGCCUCUUUCUUUUUACUUUCUUUGAGUCAUUUUUAUUGGGAUCAGCAGCUAGCCGGUAUGAUACUGAAGCAGUUAUGUUGGCUGUUGCUAUUUGUGCUGUAAUUUGCUUAGGACUUACUUUCUUUGCUUUCCAGACAAAGAUUGAUUUUACUGCCUGUUCUGGUUUCUUGAUGGUUUCCAUACUGAUCUUAAUAUGCUUUGGAUUUGUUGCAAUGCUCUUUCCUUCAAAGCUUAUGCAGUUAAUAUAUGCUUCUGUAGGAGCCCUGAUCUUCUCAAUGUAUUUGAUUUUUGAUACGCAGAUGAUGAUUGGUGGGAAACAUCGUUAUAGUUUGUCACCAGAAGAAUACAUUUUUGCUGCAUUGAAUAUUUAUUUGGAUGUCAUUAAUAUAUUUAUGUCAAUCCUACAAAUUGUUGGUUAUGCAAGAGAAGGAUAAGUUGAUGCUGUCAUGAAGUAUUCGAUAUACUUCUUGCUAUACAUUCCUGAUUCUGCAUCUUCAGUGUUUUCUUCAGACUGAAAUAUUGAAUAAGAUCUUAUGUUUUUUACAUCUAGUCAUUUUCUUAUUAAUUUAUCAUAGAAUUUGGAUAAUAUCAAGGCAUUGGCAAGAGCAAAAUAUGCUGUCCUGUUUAUGUAAUGUGAUGUAGUUGGUAAUUUUUUGUCUUUGCUUUAGAUAAUUUAAAAAUUAUAUAAAUCAAAACUAAAAAUAUGAGAGAGUAGAUCAAAGCAUUCUCUAGUUGAAUAUACAGUAAUUAUAUAGACUUUGUCUGUUUUUAUGUUAUUUAUUUUAAUGGCUUGUUAGCACAUUUUUAUACUUUUUGUUUUCUUAUCUUUUUAAUGUCUUAUUUUAUGUGUUUUAAAUUAUUCAUUUUUCUGGUGUCACAUCAGUGAAAAAUCUCAUCAGUAAUUUUUCGCUGAUUCUUAAAAAAAUAAAUAAUAGGUAUAUACUCUUAGUAAUAUAUUGAACAAAUGCAUUUGGAAAAUGAAACAAUACAUAAAAUAAGAGUUUUGAUGUGAAAGUAUGUGUGAAAGCAGCAUGUUUUGUAUUAUAUAAUUCGAAUCAUUCUGUGUCAAACAACAAAUUGUAACUUUUUUUUGUAAUUUGGAAAAGAAAUAUAGAAAGUAUCAAAAGCAAUUUUCAGGUGCAAACUGUCAUCAUUGUAAAGUUAUUUAAUCAUUUGAAUUCAUAAUAUAAGUUUUAUUUUUGUGUUUUAAAUAAUUAUAUUUUAAUGUUAUUUAUUUUAAACAAUUUGUAGUUAAAUAAUUUUUAAAAAUGAAAUAUUAUACUACUUGAACAUCAUUUUUAAAAAUAAGUAAUUUUGCCUUUUAAUGCUCUGGGAAAUUUUUAUGGUAAAUGACUGCAGUUUUAAUGAAACUCAACUUUUUUUUCAUUGUACAGUCAAAAGUCGUUAAUUCGGACACCCAUAAUUCGGAAUGAUCUAUAAUACGGACCUCAAAACUAAAAACUUUCUGCGCAUGCGCCGCAUUGACACAUGCGCA